GUGUGUUUGCACGCUUCCUUGUUUGUUGUCGCCUGUUUGUUUGUGGCUUCAUCGUGAAUAAUUUGGUUUCUCAGGUUCAUGCAGGAAGUGUAGAAAUCUGAUUUGCAGGCGUCACACGCUGCUUCUGGCUCCUCUCAGCCUCACUUUGCCGCUGAAGGCAGAUGGUGCUGGCCGGAGCGCAUCCAGCUGCUGCCGACAUGGCGGCCUGGCCCGCGUGGAUGCUGCUGCUGCUGCUGCUGCUGUGUGUGAGUGAGCGAGGGCUCGCGCGCUGCUCAGUUCAACCCAUCGCGCCGCCAAAGCUCAGCAAAGUGUCCUGUCCACCCAUCAAAGCCCAAAGCCAGAUGUUCAGUUUCCUGCUGCUCCUCAACGACAGCUACGUCACUAAAAUACACCUGAGUAAGUCGGACUCCGCAGGGAGUCUGGUCUCUGGACACUUUGAGGUCACGUCCAGCGGCGCCUACGUCUGCAGGUCGGAGGGCAUUUAUCCUCCACCGUUCACGGAGGACUGUCGGUCCACGGCCGUCACCGAGGGCGGCCCUGAAGCCACAGAGGAGGGAACGCAGCCUCUUCCAGCAACCAGUGGCACCGUGGCCUCGGCCCGGCUCCACUGCCCCCCCCCCGGGCUGGUACCAGAGGUGGCGAUGUGGGCGGCGUGUGCUCUGUUACUGCUCUACAGCGUGUCGGUCUCCUGCAUCGCCGCCGUUCUAUGGAGAAAGAGACGAGUGGAGGACUGUGCCGUGUACAUGAACACCCGACGUGCAGAUCCCAAGAGGCCAGCGAAGCCUUAACACGCAUUUAUUACAUGUACAGGACACAGAGCGGCUCCGGGACCUUUCAGUACAAACAUCAGGACCAGAGUGUGGAAAUCAGAGGUGUCUCUGAGCUAUGGAGGUUUAUGAGACUCAAAAUUCAGCUGGCAAUACAUUUGUUAGGUGGCUAUUCAAUAUGCAAUAUCAUUCAUUCAUUCAUUCAUUCAUUCAUUCAUUCAUUCAUUCAUUCAUUCAUUCAUUCAUUCAUUCAUUUAAUUUGAAAAUGCAUUUUACAUUAUGUAAUUCAAUAUUAAAAGUGACAAUUCAACACCCAGUUUUAUUAAUAAAAAAGUUUAAAUUAAAACUUCAAUUGUAUUUUAUAUUGUCAUGUUUUUGUAGUCAUUAUUCAAAUGGAAAAUCAAUAUGCAUUUUCAAAUUAAAUGAUCAAAUAGCAUAUUGAAUUGUCAUUUGACAAAUGCAGCGCCAUUUCAUUUUUGAAUAAACCUCAUAAACCUCCAUCAUUCGUAUGUGUGUCUUACAAUGAACGCGUACGUCAGUCUCAUCGUGCGUGUGAAGAACUUAUUUUGUCUUUGGGUUUGAUCACUGCAUGUUUCUGAUGUGUCGCCUAAUUACUAUAAAUGAUCAAUAAACAGUUUUAUUAAGAAUUCA